AACGUCGUUGCGCUGCCAGCGGCCAUGAUUGUUUUCGUCAACUUGGACAAGUGAGGUCGAUUUGGCGACACGCAGGCGUAUUCGUACGGUAUUCGACGCACCGGGCGAGGAAAAUAAACGCAGCCAUGUAUUGCCUGCAGUGGCUCAUUCCCGUGCUGCUCAUACCCAAGCCCAUGAACCUGGCGUUGGUUCAGAAUCACGUGAUGUUCAUGGUCCUCUACCUGACUGGUUUCUUCCUGGAGCGCAAGCCGUGCACCAUUUGCAGCCUGGUGUUCAUCGCCGCCGUGUUCCUCAUCUGCUACAGCGGCAUGGGGAACUGCAUCUUCUCGCUGUUCGUCAACUGCAAUUCGGUGACCUGCGAGCAGGGCACGUAGCGUUCGCGUAGUGCCUUGCUUUUUUUUUUAUAUGUAAGUUUUUUUUUCUCGCCUGCCUGACCUUCCCCCCACCCCUUCCCGUUUACCUCACCACACCGAGGUAGACUACGUUUCGCCGCCGACUUUUCUGCACCUGUGGGAAAUGAAAACUGCGAUCUCGGAACGGUGGGUGACCUUACUACGACGCAUUCACGGGACUGCCUAAAGAGCCGCCCACCUCCCCCCCCCCCCCCCCCCGAGAAAAAAAAAAAAAAGUCGCACGCGUUAUGGCGCCUUAUACUGCAGUUGUUGGACUCUGAGCGCUUGCGUAUUGUGGACGGAUGAGUACUUCGUGAUUGCCAAACGAAGGCAGAAGAAAGAAGAGACAGCCUUCCAGUCUUCCCCCGUGUGUUGUGUGUGGACUGUUUGCGAAGUCUAUCUGCGGCGGCCCGCCUUCUGUACUACGCUUUGGAUACACCCCAAACACAACACGGUGCGUCGUAAUAGCUGGCCGCAAGUGGCCAAGAAGACUUUCAGCUGGCCUACCCCUCUCCCCGAACCUUACUCGUCUAAAAAGCACGCACUACCAUGUUCCGCGUCGCAGUUUCUUGCAGCGACUUUUUUUCUUGUUGUUGUUCCGACUUUCCUCUGGCUGUUUAUUUUUUGGCGGUUUCUUUCCUUGUCUCUUUUGAUUCCUUUAAGUGAACGGGGACUCUUCAAAAACUACAGCUGUGGCUAUCGUGGUCCGUAUUUGUUUUCUUUGCAUUUUGUUGUGGACAGUCGUGUUGCUCUCUAAAUAAAGAAGUGUUGUGACACAGA